UUGUCAGCAGUGACUUCCAACGGUUUUCAGAGUAACUUGGCUACUUUCGUCCACAAAAAUGGACAAGCACAAAGCUUGCUGGAUGCGUUUUGUCGCCAUCAGGCUCACAUCAACCCUGGAACAGAUCUCACCGAUGCUGGGCAUUGGGACCAUGGUGUUUUAUUGACCGGGUAUAAAGCAUGUUUUUUGUCGUCCGUUGCUGGCGUAGCUCCCGUGGCAAGAAUGUGUGACCAGCUAUUCGCGUGCUCCCUAGUCGAAGGACUCCAUUUGGGCCGUUCGUUUGUCCUCGCCCAUGAAAUGGGACAUAACAUGGGUAUGGUCCACGACGGAGUGCAAAAUCAGUGCAGUAAGUCCUGCUGUCUUAUGUCUGCUGUCAACGGUGCUGGAAAGACAACAUGGUCCGAGUGUUCAGUUCGGGAGUUCAAUGCAUUUCUGCUACAGUUAGACGAGUCUGGCAAAGGCAACUGUUUACGAGAUGGCGCUUCUGGACUAGUAGAGCGAAAUCAUCUACAAGAUGGAAGAACUCCGGGACAAAGAUUCACCGCUGACCAACAGUGUGCCUAUUUUUGGGGGCGAGACUACAAAGUCGAAAUACCAACUGGACGAUCCAUGGAGUUUUUGCUAGAAUAUUAG